AGGAGGAAGGCCCCGGGAGAGAUGAGCCCUGAGGAGCUGCUAGGGGUUUCUGCCCACAUCCACGGCAGACAGGACUAGAGUGGCCGUGGUCCCCGGGCUGGGUCUGAAUCUUGGGUCUCACCAUGCUUGGACUGGACGAAUUCAGGUCUCCUGUCUUUCUGUCAUUGAAUGGAGCCUGAGUCCUUCCCUUCCCAGCCACUGCCACACAAAGCCCCAGGUGAGGGACCUUCCCAGGCUUGCUGAGGUUCUAACACCUCACUGCUGUCGUGCUGACAUCCUAACUCUGUCACCCAGUUAGGGGGAUAGAACACCUAAGCCCAGGCUGUGGGAUUCCAAAGGCGCAGGGUGGCCCCACUAAAGAGUCAUAAUGCAGAGCAGCCACACAGGACAGAUAUCGGAGGGACCUCAUGGAGAGCAGCUGUUGGCCUGACAACAGCUGUGUGGGAAUGUUGUAGGAAUUGGGGGUGCCUCUUCCUCUCUCUACCAUGAUCCUCUAAUGGGCCCCCAGACCCUUACUGAGAAUGGAUGCAGAACACCAAAGACCAAGUGCAUCCUCUCCUGGGGUACCUAGAAGGCUCACAUUUGCUCUUUGUUGUUUUGGGGUCUCUUGUUAGUUUGUUUUUGAGACAAAAUUGUGCUUCAUAGCCUGGGUGGCCCCAAACUUAUCCCUAAGUUUCAGAACUCGUAAGUGAGUAGCUAUGGUGUGUGUCUCCAUAUCCUGCUUCCCAUUUACUCUGGGCACGAGUCCUGUGGAGGUAGAGAGGCUGGGCAUGCUCCCCUGGGAGUGGGAUGUCCCAGAAUCAGCCUCAACGAGGCUUCAUUGAAAUCUGGUGGCCACCACGAUAUGGGUGCCCCUCAAUCUGAGUGGGCACUGCAUCUGAAGAGGUGGAGGCAUUAGGGAAGGGGUCCCACCCCUGCCAGGACCUCCGAGGUGAGCCCACUGUCAAGGUUGCCCCACACGCUCCACACACAGCCUCUAGUUCUUCACGGCCACUGGGUGCAGAGCGGGCAGUGUUCUGAGUCACCUUUAGAGCCAAGGCCCAGGGGAGGGAAGCAGCAGCCCAGGUGAGGGGCUGCUUCCCUUCUCCCUCCAGGUGGGUUUCGUCUGCUUGGCUAGAACUCCUCAUUGAGAUCCUGCUAGGUGGCCCUAAAAGGAAAGCCCUGUCGCAAGUCUGCUGUGCCCUUUAUACCCAGUCUACACAGCUCUGUGAGGUGGGCACUUGGCCUCUUACUAGGAGUAGACUCUCGGGGUUAACUCGUCCGAGCUCUCCCACUUGAUAAUCUUGACUCCUGACCCUGUCUACCUCCAAGUCGGGGCGGCUUGCUUUCUCUCCUUGAGCUACCACUGGGACCCUGGGAAGGUUCUGGGGCAGGGGAGCUUGUAAAGGGGCCAGACCAGGCAAAGGAGAGCUGUAACUCUGGGAAGGUUCGUCCUGGUCCCCUGAGGGAGUGGGACAGCAGAGCAGGGCCAGAGCAACAAGCCAGCGCUGGAAGCCAGCGCGAGCAGGCAGGUGGAGCUCUCGCUCCGCUCUGCACCAGGGCCUCUCUGCGGUCUGCAGCCGUUUGCAUUUCCUGAAACCGGAUCUUGGUGUCAGAGCCGCCCCUGGGCCGGGGCGGGCGCCUCAGCCAUGGCCCUGCGCAAGGAGCUGCUCAAGUCCAUCUGGUACGCCUUCACCGCACUGGACGUGGAGAAGAGCGGCAAGGUCUCCAAGUCCCAACUCAAGGUGCUGUCCCACAACCUGUACACGGUCCUGCACAUCCCCCAUGACCCCGUGGCCCUGGAGGAGCACUUCCGGGAUGAUGACGAUGGCCCCGUGUCCAGCCAAGGCUACAUGCCCUACCUCAACAAGUACAUCUUAGACAAGGUGGAGGAGGGGGCUUUCGUUAAAGAGCACUUUGAUGAGCUGUGCUGGACGCUGACGGCCAAGAAGAACUAUCGCGCAGACAGCAAUGGAAACAGCCUACUCUCCAAUCAGGAUGCCUUCCGUCUCUGGUGCCUCUUCAACUUCCUGUCUGAGGACAAGUACCCACUGAUCAUGGUUCCUGAUGAGGUUGAGUAUCUGCUGAAGAAGCUCCUGGGCAGCAUGAGUUUGGAGAUGGGCCUGGGCGAGCUGGAGGAGCUGCUGGCGCAGGAGACUCAAGCCGCCCAGACCUCUGGGGGACUCAGCGUCUGGCAGUUCCUAGAGCUCUUCAAUUCCGGCCGCUGCCUGCGGGGUGUGGGUCGGGACUCCCUCAGCAUGGCCAUCCAAGAAGUCUACCAGGAGCUCAUCCAAGAUGUCCUGAAACAGGGCUAUCUGUGGAAGCGAGGGCACCUGAGGAGGAACUGGGCAGAGCGCUGGUUCCAGCUGCAGCCUAGCUGCCUCUGCUACUUUGGGAGUGAAGAAUGCAAGGAGAAAAGAGGCACCAUCCCACUGGAUGCUCACUGCUGUGUGGAGGUGCUUCCGGACCGCGAAGGAAAGCGCUGCAUGUUUUGUGUGAAGACGGCUAGCCGCACGUACGAGAUGAGCGCCUCCGACACACGCCAGCGCCAGGAGUGGACGGCCGCCAUCCAGACCGCCAUCCGGCUGCAGGCGGAGGGGAAGACGUCGCUGCACAAGGACCUGAAGCAGAAGCGGCGGGAGCAGCGGGAGCAGCGCGAGCGGCGCCGGGCAGCCAAGGAGGAGGAGCUGCUGCGGCUGCAGCAGCUGCAGGAGGAGAAGGAGAGGAAGCUGCAGGAGCUGGAGCUGCUGCAGGAGGCGCAACGGCAGGCCGAGCGGCUGCUGCAGGAGGAGGAGGAGCGCCGCCGCAGCCAGCACCGGGAGCUGCAGCAGGCUCUGGAGGGCCAGCUGCGGGAGGCGGAGCAGGCCCGGGCCUCUAUGCAGGCCGAGAUGGAGUUGAAGAAGGAAGAGGCAGCCCGGCAACGGCAGCGCAUCGCGGAGCUGGAGGAGAUGCAGGAGCGGCUGCAGGAAGCCCUGCAACUGGAGGUGAAAGCUAGGCGGGAUGAGGAGGCCGUGCGCCUCGCCCAGACCAGGUUGCUAGAGGAGGAGGAGGAGAAGCUAAAACAGCUGAUGCAUCUGAAGGAGGAGCAAGAGCGCUACAUCGAGCGAGCGCAGCAGGAGAAGCAGGAGCUGCAGCAGGAGAUGGCGCUGCAGAGCCGUUCCCUGCAGCAAGCCCAGCAGCAGCUGGAGGAGGUGCGGCAGAACCGGCAGAGGGCGGACGAGGACGUGGAGGCUGCCCAGAGGAAGUUGCGCCAGGCCAGCACCAACGUGAAACACUGGAAUGUCCAGAUGAACAGGCUCAUGCAUCCGAUUGAGCCAGGAGAUAAGCGUCCGACCACCAGCAGCUCCUUCACCGGCUUCCAGCCCCCUCCACUUGCCCGCCGGGACUCCUCUCUAAAGCGCCUGACCCGCUGGGGUUCCCAAGGCAGCAGAACCCUUUCAGGCAACAGCAGCGAACAGAAGUCCCUCAAUGGUGGGGAUGAGACUCCCAUCCUGGCUUCUGCCUCUCAGGAAGAUAAACUGGAUCCGGCACCAGAAAAUUAGCUUCUGAUGACUCCUGUUCUUCUGAUGCUGUGUCUACUAGGGCCCGGCUACAGCGGGCCUGAGGGUGACUCCAGCCUCUGUGAGAGGUCCUGGGGAUACAGCCCAGGCCUGCCAACCAGAAGCUGGUACAAGAUAAGGUGUGGUUGGCAUUCUCACAGGGCCCAGACCGUAGAGGCUGUCUGGGGUAUUAAUACUUGAAACUAUGGUUCUGUGCCUCAGCCUCAAGGACCCUGUGACCAGGGCUGGGAAAGAAACUAAACAAUUUAGACAAAGGUCAUCUGCCCCCAAAGGUUAUCUGCCCUCUCCCCUGCCCAGACUACCAGCAAGUCAUGGAGGCAUACUUCCAAAUAAAACUGCUCACAUCUGCCCACUGCUCCUGCCCCUCUCUGUCCCUUUCUCAAGUUCAAGUUCAAGGUCCCAGAGGCAGCAGGUGUGGUGAGGUGGUUAGGAGUAUGGACUGUGGGUUGAACCUGGCUCUGCCACUUUUUAGUGGGUGAACUUCACUCCCCAUGCUGGUCAAUGGAGAUGAUCACAGUCCCCAUGGAGAGGGCCUGUGAGGAGCAAAACUCGCACUCAUAUUUAAUGAUGAUAACACUCAUCAUUAGUGUUAUCUGAAGUGUUUAUUGAGCAUCUGUUGAGUGCCUGGAGGACACCUACAUUUCCUCAUUCCCAUAGCACCCCUAAGAACCACAGGGUUACUCUAUCACAAUACUAGAGGCACAGGCAGAUUGGGUAAUUUGUCUGAAGCCUUCCAAACUUGCUUUUCGUACCAUGUUCUCUGAACACAGACCUUGCUCUCUCAGACGAGAGAUCUGAGAGUCUAGACUCCAUAAAGUUGGCAUCCGUUUUCAUGCCCCUCAUCGCAAGCCUAGGACUGCUCACCUUUAUGGUCUUGUACCUCUUUCUAGUACGCUUUAAAUUGUUAUCCCGCUUGCUCAUGUGUUGAAUGCUUGUCCCCAUCUAGGGGCACUGUUUUGGGGAGACUGUGGAGCCUGUAGCAGGUGGGACCCACCUGGGAAGUGGGUCACUGUGAGGCCAGCCCUGGUUCUUCUCUGCUCUCUGUUGCCUGUGUUGCCAGAAUGUAAACCGAACUGCUUCGACAUGCUGCCCUGCUGAGAUGGAGUGAGCCCUCCCACACCUAAGCAGAAAGAAAUCUUUCCUCCCUUGGGAUGCUUGUGGCGGGCACUGUCACGUGACACAGAAUAACUAAUGUGCCCUCCUUUCCCAUCCUCAUAGCUGCUCAGUGUGAACCAUUGACGGUUUGGCCCCAUGUUAAAUAAAUCGCCAAGCCCGAUCAA